CAAUAAUCAACAACGUACACGCAUCUGUGAAAGAUUAUACUAUGUUCUUUUUGACUGUCUCGUCCUUGCGUCCCAGCGCAAGAUGAAGAUCUCAUCCCCCUUUGCUUCUCUGCUAGUUCUUGUCUCUAUCGCUGCAGCAUCACCUGUGCCUAAUGGCUAUGGCUAUGGUGUUAUUCGAUUUCCUCUUACCCGCAAGAGCGCUGACGUCGCUGGGCAUGUGAUACGAGUGUUCUUAAUGCACAGCUCAUUCACACAUUUUCUGCAUUCGAGGGCUAAUACCGGUUCUGCUCAUCCGUUGAGCGGGAAGAUGAUGUCUUCUAUAAGAAAGCGCGACGAUGGUGUUGUUCCGCUUAUCAACGAGGGAUAUGACUGUGUAUCUAUCGACUCAGGAAGCACGGACCUUUUCCUUCCGUCCGUCUCCUGCAUGAAUUGCGCAGGCCACAAGAUCAAGGAUGAAGGAAACGUUUCCGUGCUCUCAUAUGGUGAAGGUGAAGUAGUAGGAGAUGAAUAUAGCGAUGAUGUAUUCCUUGGCGGCUACGAGGCCCCCAACCAAACAUUCGUUGCUGCCUCUUUGUACUCUGUCCAAUUCCAAUUAUCUGCUCUUGGGACGAAGUCUGUUUUUGAGACAAUAAGCGACAGUGGCGUACUCCCAGAAAGCGUGAGCGAGCUCUAUAUCGGAGGGACGAACCCCGAUCUCUACGUUGAAGACACCUUGACUUAUACGGCCGUUACCGAGGAAGGGUACUGGCAAGUGAAUCUAGAAGCGGUUUCGCGAAAUGGCUCUACGGUUGCCAGUAACAGCGCAUCUAUUAUCGAUACCGGGACCACGUAUAUCAUCACGAGUGAUGAUGCAGCAGAGGCUUACUACAACGAUAUUCCAGGCUCAAAGCAGCAGUACUCAAGAGGACUUCCGUGCGACACGAUCGGGUCAUACACUCCCACACUCACAUUUGGUGGGCGUGGCUUCAAUGUUUCAGAGGACACGUUCAAUAUUGGCCCGGAGAGCAGUGGUUCAAGCGACUGUGUGGGAGGUAUUGCUGGGAUGUCAGAUGUUGACUUUUGGGUUGUUGGAGGCGUUUUCCUGCAGAACGUUUACACAGUAUUCGAUAACGGAAAUCUUGAGGUGGGCUUUGCUGAACUGGCAUAAUCCUCAGCUUCUUCGUCCUCUGCGAUUAGUCGUGGAUUUUCCAUAAGGACUUGGCAUGAAUAUCCUCGUUUUCGAUUACAAGUUUGGUACCUGUGUAUCAUAUACACCCUUGCCUUCUGCCAGGAUUCACCGUUUAUUGUCUUC